UGCGGCUUUUUCUCCGGCGUCCGCGGCGCGCCCCUCCUCAUCCCAGCGCUAGCGGGCACGCGGCUCCUUUCCGCCGGCUUCUGGAGUGCCGAGUCCCCGCCGGCUGCGAACACGCCACAGGCAGCGCCUCGGAUUCAAAUCCAGAAAGAUAUACGGGUUCUUCUUAAGAGAAAAAGAGAAAAUCUGUGUACUUUAUUGUCGGCUUCCAAAGAUUACUAACUCUUUCUGUAUCAUUAAAAUUGAACUGCCUUGACUAUUCUGCUACUCUUACUGCUGCUCCCAUUAUUGCCUUCUUCAGCAAAAUCAGGCUUUCCGAAGCCAAAGAAUAACAAGAAAUAAACACCAUUUUAGAAGCCUUGCCACCAUGAAACUUAAGCAAAGUGUGCUCACCAUUAUUUUGCUGCCUAUCCACCUGUUAAUAACAAUAUACAGUGCCCUUAUAUUUAUUCCAUGGUAUUUUCUUACCAAUGCUAAGAAGAAAAACGCUAUGGCAAAGAGAAUAAAAGCUAAGCCCACCUCAGACAAACCUGGAAGUCCAUAUCGUUCUGUCACGCACUUCGACUCGCUAGCUGUCAUAGACAUCCCUGGAGCAGACACCCUGGAUAAAUUAUUCGAUCAUGCUGUCUCCAAGUUUGGGAAGAAGGAGACCCUGGGGACCAGGGAAGUCCUAAGUGAAGAAAAUGAAAUGCAGCCAAAUGGAAAGGUUUUUAAGAAGUUAAUUCUCGGGAAUUAUAAAUGGUUGAACUAUCUCGACGUGAACCGCCGAGUGAAUAACUUCGGUAGUGGACUCACUGCACUGGGACUGAAGCCAAAGAGCACCAUUGCCAUUUUCUGUGAGACCAGGGCUGAAUGGAUGAUUGCGGCACAGACCUGCUUUAAGUACAAUUUUCCUCUUGUGACUUUAUAUGCCACCCUUGGCAGAGAAGCUGUAGUUCAUGGGUUAAAUGAAUCUGAGGCUACAUAUCUGAUUACUAGUGUUGAACUUCUGGAGAGUAAACUUAAGACUGCAUUGAUAGAUAUCAACUGUGUUAAACAUAUCAUUUAUGUGGACAAUAAGGCUAUCAAUAAAGCAGAAUACCCUGAAGGAUUUGAGAUUCACAGCAUGCAAUCAGUAGAAGAGUUGGGAUCCAAGCCAGAAAACUUGAGCGUUUCUCCAAAUAGACCAACUCCUUCAGACUUGGCUAUUGUCAUGUAUACCAGUGGAUCUACUGGCCGACCUAAGGGAGUGAUGAUGCAUCAUAGCAAUUUGAUAGCUGGAAUGACUGGCCAGUGUGAGAGAAUUCCUGGGCUGGGACCAAAGGAUACGUAUAUUGGCUACCUGCCUUUGGCUCAUGUGCUUGAGUUGACAGCAGAGAUCUCUUGCUUUACCUAUGGCUGUAGGAUUGGAUAUUCUUCUCCACUUACACUCUCUGACCAGUCCAGCAAAAUUAAAAAGGGAAGCAAGGGAGACUGUACUGUACUGAAGCCUACACUCAUGGCUGCUGUCCCGGAAAUCAUGGAUAGAAUUUAUAAGAAUGUUAUGAGCAAAGUCCAAGAGAUGAAUUAUAUUCAGAAAACUCUGUUCAAGAUAGGGUAUGAUUACAAAUUGGAACAGAUUAAAAAGGGAUAUGAUGCACCACUUUGCAAUCUGAUACUGUUUAAAAAAGUGAAGGCUCUGCUGGGAGGGAAUGUCCGUAUGAUGCUGUCUGGUGGAGCACCCCUGUCUCCGCAGACACAGCGAUUCAUGAAUGUCUGCUUCUGCUGCCCAGUUGGUCAGGGUUAUGGAUUAACAGAAACGUGUGGUGCUGGGACAGUUACUGAAGUUACUGACUAUACCACUGGCAGAGUUGGGGCCCCUCUUAUUUGCUGUGAAAUUAAGCUAAAAGACUGGCAGGAAGGCGGCUAUACAAUUCAUGACAAGCCAAACCCCAGAGGUGAAAUCGUAAUUGGUGGAAAGAAUAUCUCCAUGGGAUAUUUUAAAAAUGAGGAGAAAACGGCUGAGGAUUAUUCUGUGGAUGAAAAUGGCCAAAGGUGGUUUUGCACUGGUGAUAUUGGAGAAUUCCAUCCCGAUGGGUGUUUACAGAUUAUCGACCGUAAGAAAGAUCUGGUGAAGUUACAAGCAGGAGAAUAUGUGUCUCUCGGGAAAGUAGAAGCUGCACUGAAGAACUGUCCACUUAUUGAUAACAUCUGUGCUUUUGCCAAAAGUGACCAGUCCUAUGUGAUAAGUUUUGUGGUUCCUAAUCAGCAAAAGUUGACACUUUUGGCACAACAGAAAGGGGUAGAAGGAACUUGGGUUGAUAUCUGCAAUAACCCUGCCAUGGAAGCUGAAAUACUGAAAGAGAUUAGAGAAGCUGCAAAUACCAUGAAACUGGAGCGAUUUGAAAUUCCAAUCAAGGUUCGAUUAAGCCCAGAGCCCUGGACCCCUGAAACUGGUUUGGUCACUGAUGCUUUCAAACUGAAAAGGAAGGAACUGAAGAACCAUUACCUCAAAGACAUUGAGCGAAUGUAUGGGGGCAAAUAAAAUGCUGAUCUUGUAUUUACAGUUGUGCAGAAGGUGGCUUGGUGUUUUUUUUUGGUUCUAGAGUUUUAAGCCUCGCAUUGUUGAACUGUCUGUUAGAAUGUAAAGUGUAUCGUUUUAAAGACAUAGUAACAAAAAAUCAAAACCAAAAGUGAUUAAGUCCACUUUAACUAGUUUCCAUAGUUCUAGUGAAGCUGAAAUUGAAAAGUUAUUUCCCUGUAAUUGUGUUAUUGAUUUUAGAACAAAACUUCUGUUUUUAAAAUUUAGCCUAAGAUUAUACUUUAUGGGGUCGCAAAGAGUCGGACAUGACUGAGCGACUGAACUGAACUGAUACAUGUUUCAUUAAAGAAAAAAAAUUAAUGUUGAACAAAAUAAAUUAGAGCUGGAGUAGAAUGUAGUUUGAGGAAAUUUGCAACUUCCAACAUCUACUGUCUUCCUAGUUCAGAAGAUGCUUAAAUAUUAAGCAUGACCAAAAAAAUGUAUUAACACUACUCAGAGCAGAAGUGCUCCAGGGCUUUAAAAUUCUCUUCCAACCAUUUGUCUUGAUUUGUAAUGUAAUAUACAGAAUCAAAUAAAAACAUCGGAAACCAUUUUAGGAUUCACAAUUGUUGUGUAGGUUAGACGUAGAAUCAUUAUAAUAUUGUGAAUAAUUACAGUGCCUGAAGUUAGAAUAAAAAACAUAUAAAUGCACCAAAAAUAUCUAGUAAUACAUUUAAAGGGAAAUUGAACUGUUAUUUGAAACUUGGAGAUGGAAAAUCAGUAGCUGUAAUUAUUUGAAUGGCUUAAGUAUAAAAGUACAUCUUCAAAAUGCUGAAAAUUGCCUUUCUCUGUUUGUUCAAAAUAAGACUGAAACCAAGAGUUAAAAUGAUAGAAAUUUAAUCAAAUUUUAGUGGGAGCAUUCUCUCUGUUAGAAAAGGUGAUGAAAUCCUGAGUAUUUCGGAUCCUGACCCUUGCAUAGCAUUGAACCUGGGAAAGGAUUUAGACUCUGAAUUUAUCUUUAAUAACAGGGAUUGAUUUUAAAGUGUAUUAAAUCACACUCAUAAUUUAAGGUCUGUUUGCUGUUGCUGAUUUGAUUCUUGAUCAAUUGGUAUUUCUAAAAGUAUUUCAUUUUGCUUUAAUUUUAGCAAAGUGGAUUAUGAUAAAUGAAUUCCCUGCUAUCUUGUUUGAAUCUAUGAAUGAUUAAUUAACUUGGAUGAAUUUGGGCAAGUUAAAGGGAAGAACACACUGUUACUACUUUUUUUCCUGUUUGUAAGAAGAGUUUAGAAACUGGAAAUGCUGGAUUUGGGAGAAGGGAAGUUACUCAAUAAGGGACUGAUAUUUGUGCAGUAACUUUGUGUGUGGGCUUCUUUUUGAAUCUUUAAUUGAAAUCUGGGAUUAUAUAUCCCUGAAAUAUAGUCACACUUGAACAUAGUUAUUGUUAAAAAAAAAACCACAAAACAUCUUAAUACUGUUAUUCUUUGCACUUUUUUCUUAAUCAUUUUAUAUAUACAUAUAUAUAUAUGCCUAUAUAUAUAUAUGUUGCUUAUAUUGCUUUGUACAGUUGUGGGCCACCACUGCAACAAAACACAUUCUUUUUGCUCUAGAAUAUUUAUAAAGAAAAUAUUUAAAUGUUAUGUAUAUGGUGGUAAAAAGGAAAAAUCAUCGGGUGUUAUUAUAAGCAAGAAUGAAGGUUUUUGUAAAGAAUGUUCAGUGUCUGCAAUGUAAAAUUUGAAGCAAGGCCCCCUGAAGUUAUGUGUAUGUGAGUAUUCUCAUUCUUCCCAAAUUGUCUUUGAAGUGUGAAAAACCAUUCUUACCAAGUAGACUACUAUUCAGCUUCUGCUGUUCCUGGCCCACUGUUGACCCUCUAAGGAUGAUGUACUUAGACUUUUUCAGUAUGUGACCCCCCUUUUGGAAUGGUGAUUUUAAAUGUGUGAGUGCAUGCAUACAUACUCAGAUAUUUGCACCCCCACCCACUCCCAUCUCCCAAAAGCUAGAACACUGCCAACUAAUCUGUUGUAUGGGUCCUUUAGAAACACGUAAUUAACACUUAAGGAUGGGUGCUGCUAAUUCUUUGUGAAAAUCCAAAUAUUGUUAAGGGACCAGGGAGAUGCCACUACCCCCCGAUUUUUCAUCAAAAAAUACACUUGUUUAUGUAAACAGAUCUUUCCAUAUUCAUAGUGACUUUUCAAGUAUUUGAGCCUAAAGAUUUUGAUCCUACAUUUUUAUACCGGUUUAAAUCAUUCACUGUUAUUAUUACAUGUCAGCCAUCAAAUAAAGUUGUACUUAAAAAAUUUCCUACAAGUAUGUACAUUUCUAAGACGAACACCUGUGACUUUUGCUUUAAUUACAUGAAAGUAUCUUGCUUCCAAAAUUUCUUACAAGUAUGACAUUUCUAAGUCAAACACCUGUGACUUUUGCUUUAAUUAUGUGAAAGUAUCUUGCCUCCUUGAUAUUUGUAUUGAUUCUUUUUUUUUCUGGAGUGGAGGUAUAAUUGUAUCACUUUUUGGAACUGAGAUACAUGAUGAAUGAUUAAAAAAGUCAGAAGUUAAGAAUGAUGUUUCUGUGGUCAUAAAGAUUGAUUAAUAAUCUUUGCCUAUAUUUUCCUGAUGGCACGUUACAGAUGUUUCUGGAAUAGCAAGAUGAAAACAGAUUAAAGAUUGUGGGGUAUUUGGGAUUUGGAGAGAAAUAUUUUAAUUUUCAAAUGUAGUUACAAAUUAGAAUGUAUUCAUAUUUGUAUUUUCUGUUAAAAUGCACGAUUGCAGGAUUGUUACUUAGAUUUUCAUGUUUUCCUUGAUGAAAAGCUUUGUUCUGGUUUUUAAGUUUGCACUCGAAUCUUAAGAAAUAAAUCCACCCAUGUUAUCAAA